UGCUUGCGAAAGUCUCCUUGCUCCAGCGGCAGCCGCGCUCCAGCCGGGCUCGUCCUCCGUGUAGCCAGAGGAGGCGGGGGAGGUGGCGGCGAGGCAAGGGCCCAGGAUGGUCCUGAUCCUGCCCCACAUACUCAUUGCUGCCGUUCAAUUUUUCAGACGGGGCCAGCAAGUCUUCCUGAAGGCGGCGGAGGAGGCGGCGGCGGCGGCGGCCCGGGGCUCAGACACGCUACAGGAUGCCUUGCUCAGCUUGGGCUCUGUCAUUGAUGCCUCCAGCCUCCGGGAAGUCAUCAAAGAUGCCAUUGCUUCGGUGCUCCCCAAAGUGGAAAGAGUGUAUGUUUACUUGCUGGAUGGAGCAGCCCUUCUGACAUGCAACGACCCACCACAUGAGUUACCGCAGGAAGGGAGACUCGGAGAUGCCGUCCUCAAGCAAAAGAGGGUGGCAUGCAAUGGGCUGCCACUGGCUGAGCUGCAGGGCAAGGCAAUGGUUGGCCUGGCUGCACCGUUAGCCCCAGAUAAGCAAGUGUUGAUCAUCCCUGUGGUGGACAAGGAGGCCGGGACUGUGGUUUGUGUCAUCCUGGUGCACUGCGGUCAGCUCUGUGAAUCUGAUGAGCUGAACCUGCGCGCUUUAGAGAAGCACAUCCUGGUGUCCUACAAGCGCAUCCAAGCUCUGCAGAAGCUGCAACCCUGGCCGCAGGUCAGCCUGUCCACCAGCUCCUCGCAAAAUUCUCUGGCAAAGAGUGGAGGGCCCCCCAAGAGCAACUACAGUGACUUGGACCAGAAGAUCCUCCAGUUGUGCGGGGAGCUGUACGACUUGGAUGCAGCCUCACUCCAGCUCAAAGUUAUUAAUUAUCUGAAGCAAGAGACCCAGUCUCCAUGCUGUUGCCUCCUGCUGGUGUCAGAAGAUAACCACCAGCUGUUCUGCCAGGUUGUUGGUGACAAAGUGCUGGAGGAAGAGAUCAGCUUCCCCUUAACAGUUGGGCAUCUGGGAAAGGUUGUGGAGGAGAAGAAAUCAAUCACUCUCCAAGACAUCAGUUUGGAAGAGCACAAGCAGCUGAACAACAUGCUUGGCUUUGAGGUGACUGCUAUGCUGUGUGUCCCGGUCAUCAGCAGGGCCACUUCCCAGGUGGUGGCUUUGGCCUGCGCCUUCAACAAGCUUGGGGGAGAAAGCUAUAUGGAAAUUGACGAGCACAAAAUCCAGCACUGCUUCUGCUAUACUUCCACGGUGUUGACCAGCACGUUGGCGUUCCAGAAAGAACAGAAACUCAAAUGCGAGUGCCAGGCUCUUUUGCAAGUGGCCAAGAAUCUGUUCACCCACCUUGAUGACGUGUCAGUGCUGCUCCAAGAGAUCAUCACAGAAGCCCGGAAUCUCAGCAAUGCCGAAAUUUGCUCCGUCUUCCUGCUGGACAGAAGCAGCCAUGAACUGGUGGCCAAGGUUUUUGAUGGGGGUGUGGUGGAUGAUGAGAGCUACGAAAUCCGGAUUCCGGCAGAUCAGGGCAUAGCGGGCCACGUGGCAACGACAGGGAAGAUCCUCAAUAUCAAGGACGCCUAUUCCCAUCCUCUCUUCUACCGCGGCGUGGAUGACAGCACCGGGUUCCGCACCAGAAACAUCCUGUGUUUCCCCAUCAAGGAUGAGAACCAGGAGGUCAUCGGAGUGGCUGAGUUGGUUAAUAAAAUCAAUGGGCCUUGGUUCAGCAAGUUCGACGAGGACCUGGCCACCGCUUUCUCCAUCUACUGCGGCAUCAGCAUUGCUCAUUCUCUGCUCUACAAGAAGGUUGGUGAAGCCCAGUACCGGAGCCACCUGGCCAAUGAGAUGAUGAUGUACCAUAUGAAGGUUUCGGAUGAUGAAUACACCAAGCUUCUCAAUGAAGGAAUCAAGUCAGUUUUGGUCAUUGACUCAGACUUUGCCAAAUUCAUAUACACACCGCGUUCUCUUCCAGAGGAUGACACAUCUAUGGCCAUUCUGAGCAUGUUGCAGGACAUGAACUUCAUCAGCAACUACAAAAUUGACCGCCAGACACUUGUCAGGUUCUGCCUGAUGGUGAAAAAGGGAUACCGGGACCCUCCAUACCACAACUGGAUGCACGCCUUCUCUGUCUCCCACUUCUGCUACCUGCUCUACAAAAAUCUGGAGUUGGUCAAUUACUUGGAAGACAUUGAAAUCUUUGCCUUGUUCGUCUCCUGCAUGUGCCAUGACCUGGACCAUCGAGGCACCAAUAACUCCUUUCAGGUGGCUUCGAAAUCGGUCCUGGCUGCUCUGUACAGCUCCGAAGGCUCUGUGAUGGAGAGACACCAUUUUGCUCAGGCCAUCGCCAUCUUGAACACCCAUGGCUGCAACAUCUUUGAUCAUUUCUCCCGGAAGGAUUACCAAAGGAUGCUGGAUUUGAUGAGGGAUAUUAUUCUGGCUACUGACCUCGCUCACCAUUUGAGGAUCUUCAAAGACCUCCAGAAGAUGGCAGAAGUUGGCUAUGACCCCAAGAACAAGCACCACCACACACUCCUCCUCUGCCUUCUCAUGACCUCAUGCGACCUCUCGGACCAGACCAAAGGCUGGAAAACCACCCGCAAGAUCGCUGAGUUGAUCUACAAAGAGUUCUUCUCCCAGGGAGAUCUGGAGAAAGCCAUGGGAAACCGGCCAAUGGAGAUGAUGGACCGGGAGAAAGCCUACAUCCCUGAACUGCAGAUCAGCUUUAUGGAGCACAUUGCCAUGCCCAUCUACAAGUUGCUUCAGGACCUCUUUCCCAAAUCAGCAGAGCUGUACGAGAGGGUGGCCAGCAACCGGGAACACUGGACGAAAGUCUCGCACAAAUUCACCAUCCGGGGUCUCCCCAGCAACAACUCCCUGGACUUUUUGGACGAGGAAUAUGACCUGCAGACGAUGGGCAACAAUAACGGCGUCAAGAUGAAUGGGUGCCUGGACUCAGAAGAGGGGCACAUGGAGGCAGAAUGAUAGCCCCACACACACACACCGGCCUCCCCGCUUGGCAGGGACCGGACACACACAAGUGCAACUUUGUAUCCCUUUCCCUUCUGGGAAAAGGAUGGGGCUGAUUUUGGAAACAAACAAACAAACAAAAAUGGUUCUUAUUAUUUAUCCCAUGUGCUCUACCCGCUGCAGGCAUUUUCCUCCAUCGCCACCCCACUCCAUUGACCCCCACUUUCCAUGCUGCUCCCUUGACACCCCUCCAUCCACUUCAAGGACCGGCUUCGUCCAUGAACACUAGAAUUCUGCCAGCUUGCUGUUGUUUAUGGCUUCCUCGUGCAAUUGAGUUUGAUGAAUGCACGAACCUCCACCCCUCACCCCACUUGACCCAUGUGCUGCGUUAUCAGCCAUUGUUGUCUGGUCAGACCGAGUCAUUUCUGAGAGCCAGGGCAGACGUACAUUAGCCCACCCCAGCCUUCCCCAAGCUGCUGUUUGGGGCUACCACUCUCAUCAGCUCCAGCCACCUGCGCUGGAGGGAACCAGCCUUGGGAAGGCUGGCCUGCCCAGAGAUGUCUGUAGGGCCCUUUGGUUUCUGUAGUAAGAAAAAGUAGCUUCCAGCAGCCACGGAUGCUGAGAUAAGGUCCCCUGUGCAAGGCUGAAUCAUAUGCAUCCCUUGUGUUCUGCCUGGGGGUGACCUCCUGGGUGGGUGGGGCAGAAUCAGAGCUUGGAAAAGGUACUUUUUUGAACUACAACUCCCAUCAGCCCAAUCCAGUGGCCAUGCUGGCUGGGGCUGAUCAGAGUUGUAGUUCAAAAAAAGUAACUUUUCCAAGCUCUGGGUAGGAUUGCCCAUUAGUCAAUUUUGGACCACCUAGAUCAAAGCCUUUGAGAGACACCUGAUCUUCCUUUCGAUGUAUGAACUAGAUAAUAAAUAAUAGUAUGAGCUGAGCUUGGAAAAGGUACUUUUUUGAACUACAACUCUCAUCAGCCCAAUCCAGUGGCCAUGCUGGCUGGGGCUGAUGGGAGUUGUAGGUUUAAAAAGUACCGUUUCCAAGCUCUGGGCAGAAUUUAUUUAUGUAUUGGUGGCUCGAAAGGGCUCUUUCCUUUUACAGUUUUGUGUGAGUGUCUCUCUCUCUGCCCCCACCCGAAUCUGAACCAAACCAGCCGGGUAGUUUGUCUGAAAGCAGAGGAGAACCAACCACACUUCUGGCAAAACAGUUUCUUGCUUUCAGGCUUUCGGCUUCUUCUCCUUCUUGCUUUGAAACAUCUGCGCUGGUUCUCAUCCCCGACACUGACCUCCUCCCUCCCCCAGCUUGCUAAGCCAUUUGAAGUCAUCCUUCGAGUGCACGAAGGAUCAAUUGGCGAUGGGCAGAAUUCUGUUCCAUCCAAGACCAUUUCUAGAGAUAAUCCGGAGUUUUUAGGCUAAUCUCCCAGUCAUCCUCUUGAGCUUUGGAAAGGUGCUCUUGAUCCUGGAUUGGGCCCACCAGAUCAAGCGUAGUCCUUGGGAUGCAGUGAACUGCAGAAAGCAGGAGGGUCCGUGGGGGAUGGAGGACCCUCUUUGAAGUUUGCUGCUUUUUCUGUGGACGCUUGGCGGAAGAGGGUCUGAUCUGAUCCCAAGUGGGUCUGGUGUCUGAAGAGCUCCCUCCACCAUGUAGGGAUUUCCCAGGAUCACUUGUUCCACUGUAAUAGCAGUAUGUUUAGUCAUUACAUACAUACCUGAUACCUGCAUACCUACCUGAGUGGCAGGAAAAAUUUGUCAGCAGGUUGUGGGGAAAAUAACAAUCAGGCGGAGAAUGCCAAGCGCAGGCAAGGAGGGUGAUAGUUACUUUUUAGAUGGGCCUUUUUGAUUCAUCAGACCAGCUGUUGCCAGCCUGGUAUGCUCCAGAUGUUGCUGGAGUGCUGCCGUUCCCAUCAGCUUCAGCCCUGUUAUUCUGGACUCGGUCACCUGAAUUCACCCAUGGUGACCAUUGUGCUGGUGACCCAGAGCAGGCCUGCCCUAAUUAUUAUCCCAAAGCAUGGCUGUUCUUCCUGGGGCUGCUGGAGCGUUGUAGUCCAAAACACACCCAGGGUCCAGGUCGGGGAAGGCUUUAUUUUAGAAACCCUUGAGACCACAUCUCAGCAUGUCUUGGUCGAGGGGAAACUCAGUGUGAUUCUGGGAUUUGUAAUCCCAACUGUCAGCCUUUAAUGGGCUUCAAGGUCAUAAAAUGACAAAACAACAUUGGCAAAUCUUUUGGCAGAGAGAGGUGUAGUGCCUAUAUUGUGUAGGGUGCCAUCUUGGGUGCUGCCGACCAUGUCCACAGCAGCACCUGCACAUAUCCAGCUAUAUUUGAGAUAAUAGAAAUGGAGGAAACCUCAGCACAACCCUCCCUCUUCCUCAGAGGACUGAAUGAGGCAGAGCAGAGUUCUUAUUGUAUUUAUUUAAUAUUGCAUUUAGAUCCCGCCUUUCCUCAAAGGAGCUCAUGGUGGCAUACAACCUUGGUUCUCCCCAUCCCAAUUUUAUUCUCACAACAACCCUGUGGGGUAGGUUAGCAUGAGAGGCAGUGAUUGGCCCAAAGUCACCUUCAUGGCCAAGUAGGGAUUCAAACCACUUUGCCACACUGGCUGACUCUUUGCUGGUACAAAUCCAGCUUUACUGCAAUAGCACUGCAGACAUUUCUUUUCUAUCAGAUCAUGUGGUGGUCUGUUUUAACAGCCUAGAUCAUGAAUGGGGGACCUGUGGCCCUCCAGAUUUUGUUGGACGACAUCUUCCAUCAUUCGUGACCAUUGGCCCUGCUGGCUCGGGUGGUGGGAGUGGGAGUCCAGCAACAUCUGGAGGGCCACAGAUGCUCCCCAGCCCUGGCCCAGAUUGUCUUGGUUUUGGCUUUAUCUUGGUUACGUGUCCCAAAAUCAUCAUCCCCCUGGUGCUCCUUUGGGUCAUCUCAUGGUGCUUUGCUCCAUCCUGGGACAUUCCUGCAGGGUGUCAGGGAGUGAGUAAGCUUGGAGGUAUCUUGGACAGGAACUGGUGCCACUCGCACAGUCUUCCAUCACUCCUGAGCCUUCCAUAGGCAUUGGGGUGGAGUUAGACUGCCCAAAAGAAACAGCUCAUCUGCAGGGAGAAGGAGACUCUGACCUUCUGAAAUCAGAACUAUUCUGGUUCCACUAUAUAUACAGCCCCAGUGCAAUACUGACCAAAUGACAGAAACAGUGUGAUGGCUGAUGAAACACUGUGGAACUUCAUGGAUUUUCUACAGCUGGAGCAGCCCUAGACAUUUUGCCACCUGAGGAACGCUGCGCCCCCCUCCCAUUCCAUGAACAGAAGGGGACUGGACUGGCAGUGGAACCUUUCUUGCAUGGGUGCUGGAGCAUCCUCCUCUGCACCUGAGGGCAGAGGGCUAGCACAGGGCAGGCCAAGUGGCACUCACAGAGCUCUGUCCUCUAUCGACCUUGCUGAACCUGCCGCUUGAGGCGGAUGCCUCAUUUUGCCUAAUGGUAGGGCUGGCCCCAGCAUCAAGAUCCUGUCAAGCUCAGCCAUGUCACUGAUGCACAGAGUCACAGAGGAUGCAAAGGGUCACUGAUGCACAUCAGACCCAUUGUCUCCCUGUUCUUUUACGUGGGUUAUCUUGUCUUCUUAAUUCAGUUGCUGGGAGUCAAGUCUUCAUUCCUCAGCAAUACACACACAUCCAUGCACUGAGCUUAGCUUCCAGCUCUGCCGCUGAGAGGCAUGAGAAAUUAUGGCUUAUUCGCUGUCUGUGGUGCUGUGAUGUCAUGGAUAGCGCAGACGUAUUAGCUGAGCUCAGUCUCACUUCUCCUUUUGGCCAAUUAAUCAGCACAGGGCAUGCAAGAUGACCCAUCCAGUGGGGCAGUCAUACGAUGCCUUUUGUCAGAAGCUAGAUUAGACAAUCUAACAUAGGGGGUUUCUCUGACUGUUGCAUGAGAGAUCAUCCCCGGACACACUUGAUUCUCAGGAAAGUUCUCAGCACCUGACCUCGCCCCCAAACACUGGGAGACAUAAAGCCCAGGUUGAGCUGAUCUACACUAUACGCAGCAAUGUAGCCCAUAUUUGAUGUUCUGCACUAAAAAGAAGAAGGUAAAUGCUAAAGCGAGAAUCAGAAACAUCAACAAAGUUGGUUGUGCAGAUUGGUAUCAACGGCCCUGCAAAAAUGGCUUGCUUGCAAGGAUUUGAGAAGGCUUGGUUUUGAAACAGAGGUUGGAAAUUAAGAGGAAUGAAUGGGAACUGGGCAGAAGGGAAAUCCCCAUCUGAAAUUCCUAUCCCUUCAAGUGUCUUUGCCAUGCCCAGUGACAUAAUUCAAAAUGACUUCUAGACAGCCUUCAGCUGGCUGACAUUCAACAGCAGUCAAGCACUGAUCAAGGGCCAUGUGAAUGAUAACAAUUCCGAUAUACAGUUAUAACAGAUUAUGAUGCUCCUCUGUUCAUAGGUGGAGAAGUCUUUCACCCAGUCAUAGGCAGUGGGGAAGGGCAGGUCAGAGAAUCGAAGCAUAAUAUCUUCAUGCAUCCAGCAAAGUGGACUCGUGUCCUUGAAACUGUGUGGCACAAUCAGUCAAAAAUGCCACAAAUACCUUUGUUGUCAUUCCUCUUAGGUUAAAAAACAUCAACAGGUGAACAACAUCUAACUCAGUAUUCUCUACACUGACUGGCAGCGGCUCUCCAGGCAGGGAAUGUUUUGCAACCCGAUCUGGAGAAGCCGGAAAUUGAACUUGGGACCUUCUGCGUGCAAACCAGACACUCUGCCACUGAGUUGCAGUCCUUCCCCAAACAUCUGCAGGUUUAAGUUUAGGCAGAGGAUUUAAAACCACAUUUACACUUCUUGUAAGGAACUGAGGGUGGCAUACACACUUGAUGGGGCUAUUGUCACAACAACUUUGUGAAGUAGGCGAGGCUGAGAGAAACUGACCACCCAAUGAGCUUUGUGGCUGAGAGUGUCCUGCACCCAAGCUGAGCAUAUGAACUGCUACGCCAUGCCAGCUCUCCUUCCUUAGGGCCAGAAAACAGAUAAGAAGACAGCCCAGAUCAUUUCCAGCUGAGUGAUGCUCCGGUUCAACGCUUUGUCCAUGGCUUUUGAAACUGCAGUUGGAAUCUGAACCCACCACCUCCAACUUUCAACCUGCAGACUCCCUCUUGCCCAUCCGACACCCUCCCAAACUAUUCAGGGUUGUCAGCUGCCUCCAAGCAAAGAGGGCACUCUGCAAAUGAAGGAAAAUGUGAUACUACCAAAGCCUAAGGGAGAGCAAGAACCUUGUAAAGAUGGUGGCUGGAAGCAUGAAGCGUGUUGGACAGUGUGUGAGCUAUGCUUGCCCCAGUCACUGAGUAAGGAGAUUCAUGGGAAGUGCUGUGGUAGUCAUCAAACAAAAAGUACUAACAUAAUAUAGAGUGACAACCAAACACACAGAAUCAUGGGAUCGUAGAGUUGGAAGGGGCCUAUAAAGCCAUCAAGUCCAGCCCCUGCUCAAUGCAGACAUCCAAAUUAGAACAUCCCCAAUGGGUGGCUGUCCAGCUGCCUCUUGAAGGCCUCCAGGGCUGGAGAAUCCACCUCCUCCCUUGGUCAUUGGUUCCAUUGUCAUAUGGCUCUAACAGUUAGGAAGUUGUUUCCUGAUGUUCAGUUGAAAUCUGGCUUCCUGCAACUUGAGCCCAUUAUUCCGUGUCCUGCAGUGGUGUUUCAGUGGGUCAGUCAUGCAUCUGGUGUGGAACACUUUUGGGGGUUGUUGGAGGGCAGAGAAGCCUUGCCAACCCACCCACCCCCCACUUAAUGGAAUGAAUGUGACAUGUAGGGAUGGGUGAGAAAUUCUAUACAGUUUGCAUGUGAAGCUGAAUUGAUUAAAUUUGCACUUUCCGAAACAAUAUGUGAAACAUAGCUAUCCUUUGAAAUGUGCACUUAUUCAAUUUUUGCAAUGCAGUUCUCACACCAAGCAAUGUUUACUUAAAUGCAUCUGUUGGGGGAAAGUGGGCAUAGAAAUGAAUAUCUCUGUGAAAAUAACAUACAAAAAUGCAUUUAUAUGAGGAUAAAUUGCUUACAAAAAGGGGAACAUUAGUCAAAACUGCCUACAAAAAUGUGUUUAUUUGGAGACAUUUGCACUAAAAUGCAGAAGAAUUUUCAUGAGGAUUUUUAAAAAAUGUAUAUCACAAAUUGCUGCAGAAAUGUGGAGAACUGAAUUUAAGAUUGGAAGAAUGAGCAACAGAGAGAACUGAAAUUGACAGAUCUUUCCAUUCCUAGCCAUGUCACAAAUUAUACUUAGAUGCCGUCACCCUACCUGCUGGAUUUUAACUUUUUCUAAAAAGAACUUUGUGAAGGUGGUAAAGUAGGAGUUGGCAGAGCAUGGACAGUUAGUUCUUUAAAACUACAACUCCCAUCAGCCCCAGCCAGCAUGGCCACUGGAUUGGGCUGAUGGGAGUUGUAGUUCAAAAAAGUAACUUUUCCAAGCUCUGGGAAUCGGCCAGUUAUAAUUCAAACCUUUAGCUCUUCAUAUAUGGCUAUUGGUGGUAGACAGAUGUUGUCCUGUUCCUGUGAUGGGAAACCACAUUUUAGCUAUGGAUGACCCAUCUUCAUUGUAGAGCAGGCUUGCAGAACUUUGGGCCCUCCAGACAUUGUUGAACUAAAACUCCCAUCAGCCCCAGCAAGCAUGGCCAGUGGCCAAGGAUGACGAGAGUUGUAGAUCAGCAACAUCUGAGAGGGCCAAAGGUUCCUCACACCUGCUGUAGAGAAACAUCUGGGCUUUCCUCCCUUGGAUGCGUGUUAUCACUCACACUAGGAAAAGGUGGGUAAAAAUUGUGUGCAUUUCUACAUGCAUAAAGCAUCUCUAUACAGAUCCAGAUAUUACAAAUUAGUGGCUGUAGAGAAUUGAAUGGGUGUUUUUUAAGACUCUCAAAGAAAAAGUGUUAGGCUAGGAAGGCAAGGCCUCCAUACCAAGAUAUGAAUUGGUGUAGAACUGAACUAAUAUAGGAACCUUCCUGUCUUUGGUUUCAGCCAACUACAUGUUGCACUCAUCAUGUCAAAAGCAGCCACAUCAUUUAUACCAGUCCUUGACUGCAAGGAACUGCCUUCGCCAACUUGGUGCCUUUGAAUGUUGCUUGAUUACAACUCCCAUUAACCCGCCUGCAUGCUCUGCUGGUUGAGCUAGAAAUGGGGGAGAAAUUCUGUUCAGUUUGCAUUUAAAGGCAAACCUACCUAAUUUGCACUUUCUGAAACAAUGUGUGAGCCGAAACACAACCACCGUUCAAAAUUCACACUUCUCUGAAUUUUGCAAUGCCAUUAUCCAGUAUAUACAAAAAUACAUAUAUUGGGGUAAGGUGCGCAUAAAAGGCAUAUAUUGGUGAAAAUAACAUACAAUAUUAGGGGGAAUUGCUUUGCAAAAAUGCAUAUUGGGAAAAUUGCAUACAAAAAUGUGUAUAUUAGGAGAAAUUCACACUAAAAUGCUGAUGAAUUUUCCACGAGGGCUUUAUUGUUGUUGUUGUUAUUAUUAUUAUUAUUAUUAUUAUUAUUAUUAUUACUAUUAUUGCAAAUUGACUUGGAGAACUGACCUCCAGACUGGAGAAACAAGAAAGAGGGAGAAACUGAAAUGGUCAAAUUUGCCCAUCGCUAACUGAGGCUGAUGGGCAUUUUGGUCAAACAACAUCUGAGGAGCACCAGGUUGGAGCAAGU